UAGUAUCACCAGACAAAAAUUAUUGUUGCUUGAUCGUCCUCGAAAUGUAUAUAGCGCCCUCAAUAGAUCUCCAAGGUAACACCUAGCGGUUGACUAAAGUGAAAUCAGAAAAGUAGUUUACUAGAAUGAACCUUUUGAACAGACCAAAAUGAUUAGUAAAAAGGAAGCACUGGCAAUACUUGAUUUGGUAAAUUUCCCAGGUGAUGAGGCUAAUAACAAAGUGCUAGUUUUUGCCAGGUUACCCAAAUCAGAACGGCUGAAGAUCAUAAGGGAGAGCAGCAGCUCUGAGGAUGUCAGUUUGGCAGCUGCAAUUGAGCUGCAGAGAUUAUGGAGAGGUAGCUGUGUAAGGUGUGCAAUUUUGGCCGGAUUGCAUCCUUACCUAAGCACUGAGGUAGUGUACAGCCAGUUUAAGUCUAGUGAGCACAGGUUACUUGAUGUGGCCACACCUCCAAGAUCCAAGUCUUCAUCUCCAAUCAAAAAGUCAUCCUCUAAAAGUCUUGCCAAAUCACCAGUUGCUUCAAGUUCUAAAAUUGUAGUAUCACAGAAAUCAGCUUCAAAAGUUAGAUUCAAAGGAGCAGCGGCGAGAGAAAGGCUACAGAAAUAUUACAACAACUACAGAGAUUCAGCCACAAAGAAAGGACACAAACAAAUCCUAACAUUCGAACAUUUCUGUGCAAACUAUAUCCAGAAUUGGUGGCAUCAGCUACGUAGAAAGCGAUCUCUAUCUUCAGUAAAUAAGACCUAUUCUAGUAAAAAGUCUGUGACUAUCUCUCCCCCAUCACCUGAAUCAUUCUCCCCCAAGCCAAUUGUGCCUGUUGCACCAGUCAUCUAUUACACAAAGAAGAAAAAGAAGAGGGUAGGUCCCCUGGAACCCAAAGAUGCAGCUGUCAUAAUACAGAGAGCCUGGCGUAGACACAUUGAUGUACAAGUUUACCGGUACUAUCGUGAUUUGAUCAACUUCCGACGUAGAGGGGAUCCCUCGAUGAUGCUCAAGUGUAUUAAUCCGAAGGAAGCGGCAUUACUUGAUGCAGCUGCAGGCAUUCAUAUCAAAUUCAGAUUGGCUGGGGAUAGAUUUCCUCCAAAUAUCUACUAUAAGAUAUAUACUCAUCAUAACAUAGUUGACAUGUGUGCCAACAGCCCGAAGGAUUACACAAAACCAAGCACUAAACGUGCAGCCGCUAGAGAUGUUCACAAUAAAACCAAGACACAGGUGCUGAGUAAAAACAAGGAGGGGUGGUACAAGAGAUUUGAAAAUAACGGAUGGAGGUUGGUCUCAGAUAGGUUACUGGUGGGGGCUGACCAAGACCCCGUUUCUUGGGAGUCUUCAAGGGUAACAAAAGAAUUCCAUCAUUCAAAACUCAAGAGAAAAGAAGAUGUGGAAAGAAAGAAGAGGAAGAAGAAAGUUGAGUGGUUAAAAAAAAUGUAUAGGGAAGGUAUGCUGAAGUCAAAAAGUGGAGAUGCAGAUACAGCUUCAAUGGUAGAGGGGGCUGCUGCAGGCAUGGUGUCGGUCUUGGACAAUAAAGGCCUUCUGGCAGUUGAUGAGUGUGAAGUUGAUGAACUUCUGGAGUGGACAACUGGAUUAAAUUUUGAAGAUUAUUGGACAGGUUGGAAACACAUUGGUACAAGCGGUGCUUCUGAAGAUGCUACAGAUAGUAGAAUAAAAAUUACCACUUCAAAGCAAGAUCCGUAUGAGAUUACGUUUUCCGCAGACCUCAUGCUGGCUGGACCAUCACCACAACAAGGGCGGCCUAUCGAUAAAUUUCAGAUUGUUGUCCCUAAUCCUUCAAUUUCCUCCCCUGCUAACUGAUGGUGUUAGUAUAUUCAUCAGUGGAAGCAAUAGAAGUAAUAGGUAUUUUUGUAGACCGGAUAACUGGUAGGUGAUAUUUUCAUGUCUUUUUCUGCAUGCUGGUCAAGAUUGUUACGACUGUUUUUCAGUGGUGGAGUUGGAGAGAUAUUUUCUGGCUUACUCCACCAACCAAUAUCAGAAUGCUACUAAACAAAGGACUGAAAAGGAGUAUAAAACCUUUAGACUAGAGUACUACUGAGUGACAACAUAAUGAAGUAUGCCCUAAAUUAACAGCUCACCAGUAUGGAGUGGAAGUAUGAAUUAAGAAACAUUGGUAACUUAAAACAAAAAAGUAUAGGAAUAAAUAUCUGAUGGAAUUGAAUAUAUGUACACUAAAGUUUUCUAAAUGUAGUAUUCAUAUUUAUCAACAUUUUUUAGGUUUAAGUAGCUAAUAUAUAAGUAUGUGUAAUAUCUUGGCCCAAAUAAUUUUUUUGGGCUUCGUAACCACCGUCCUGGUUUUUAUAAAGCAAUACUUUAAUCAGUCUAGUGAUCAGUGUCUAAUGCAAAAAGAAUGUAAUGCCAAUCCAUCUUUUAAAUCACCCUUAUCAACACCUGGUCCUUUUAGCUCGCUGUCAAACGUAGACAUCAUCGUUGUACUCCAAGUUAAGAUCCAAAUGUCAUUUGCAAAGCAUUUCACCAGUGUAAGCAGGUGUAACAUACCAUAUCAUAGUAAACACAUUCAUUUUCUCCAGUGAGUUGUAAAGGAAGUCAAAUUGUAUAAAGAAUUCUACAUUCUCAAGAAAAAUUCUGAGUGAUUGAAUGGGUUCAUCUCAGUAAGGUAGUCUAGAGCUUUGCCAUGUUCUGUAAUUAGAAAGUGAUGUCAUUUAUUAGAAUGAUAAUACCAAAGAUGGCUAAGGAACAUUGAUGAAUAUUAUCUUAUUUUUGUUGAAGCAGUGCAUGUUGGGUUACAUGAUGUAUAUGUACAUAUAUGUGUAUAUAUAUAUAUAUAUAUAUGAGCAAUUUCACAGUAAAUAGACAUGCUCCAAGCAAUUUUUUUUAGGAAGC